CGGCAGCCCUCGGGCGGGUGACCCAGAGCUCCGGGGAUAAAGAUGAGAACACGGGCGCUUGGUAGGCGCAGUCACUCGCCUAGAGGUCCCCGUCCUGGGAGUGCGGGAGGGUGCGGAGCACCGCGCUUUCUGAUGACAGCCUCGGGUCCCGGGAGCGAUCUUAAGCCGCCAGCCGCGGCCACCUGACUUGCAGCGCGUGGCUGUGAGUUCAGGGCAGUUGGAGUGGGCAUAGAACCUUCUGGGACCUGUCCACCCUAGGGCAAGCUGGGCGUGGUAGGAGUCUUUUGAGAUGGGCCGAGCCAGCCAAGGAUAGGGGACAGGUCAAGGUUCUAAGACCUUGCUAAGCCUGUGGACUGGACGAGAGGAAUGAGGGUCACAAAGGUACAGACACGAGAGCAAAUUGCUGGAUUUUAGAAUUCACUGAAGGGACUAAAGGGACAGCAGCGGGACUAACAAGAUAAACACUAACGUUUAAAACGAGGCCUAGAAAAGCUGGGCCAGGCGCAUGAGCCUUGACAGGUGCUAGCCAGGCUGAGGCAGGAGGCUCGCAGUCUGAAGACCUGCUUGGUUUACAGAGCUUCAGAGCCAGCCUGCCCGGACCACUUUAGUGAGACCUUGUCUCAAAAUAAUAAAAAAGAAAGAAAGAGAAAAGGCAGCCUGCAGUUAACCCUUGUAAAGUGGGUGACAGGGUGAAAACAAACAGAAACAAACGUACCGGACGGCAGAGGGUGAAGAACAGAGAUUGCCAAGAUUCCAAGGAAGAAAUGAGCAUGCCCCAGCCUUAGUGAGGGCAGAGUGACUGAGGAGGUCAGAUGGCCUGAACGGAGUGGCAGCGGGGAGAGUGGACUGCCGGGCAGGGCUCCCCGCUUGGCGAAGUUUGGAAUGCGUCUUCUGAGAACCCUGCUGUUGUCUCCAACUGUCCAUAUUCUAAAGCGAGACUGUUGCAGAGAAGAGCAUGGCCCCAUGCAAGGAUGGCACAGAGUUCACACAGCACUUGCCCAGCACAGACAGGGUCCUGAAGAGAAAGAACACCGACCCAAAGGUGCCAGUGCUACCCGUUGUCAGGCAGGCAGACCUAGGCACGGCCUGUCUGUCCCAGGCCACACUGGCCCCCGGUCAUGCUAAGGCUGAGCAUGACCCCACACUCCAGCAUUUGGACAAGCAUGUGCAUCAAACUUAACAGCAACAGUUUGAAAGCAGAGACUGAUUCGUGUCAGACAAAGCGUUCCGGGUCACACUCAGUGAGGCGUCGGGAGAACAUCUCAGCAGCUCUGUGCCUGUCACCCUCCAUCUUUUACCUUUUAUCCCCGAAGCAAUCCUACGAUGAUAAUGGUCCAGACAGGGACAAAGGGAGGCGCUCAGCGGGAAGGAAAUGUGGCUGCUGGCGGCCCUGCUGAGCUUCCUUCUGGGGACCCCAGCCUUGUCCCUCGAGGCCUCUGAGGAAAUGGAGCUGGAGCCCUGUCUAGCCCCGACCCUGGAGCAGCAGGAGCAGGUGCUGACUCUGGCUCUUGGGCAGCCUGUGCGCCUGUGCUGUGGGCGUACUGAGCGUGGCGGCCACUGGUACAAGGAGGGCAGUCGGCUAGCUUCCGCUGGACGAGUCCGGGGCUGGAGGGGCCGCCUGGAGAUCGCCAGCUUCCUUCCUGAGGAUGCCGGCCGGUACCUCUGCCUGGCACGCGGCUCCCUGGCUGUCCUACACAAUCUUACCUUGGCCAUGGACGACUCCUUCACCUCCAUCCAUGAUGAGGACCCCAAAGCCCUCAGCGGCAUCUCGGGGGGGCAUGCUUACCCCCAGCAAGCGCCGUACUGGACACACCCCCAACGCAUGGAGAAGAAGCUGCACGCGGUGCCCGCGGGGAACACCGUCAAAUUCCGCUGUCCGGCUGCAGGCAACCCCACACCCACUAUCCACUGGCUCAAGGACGGGCAGGCCUUCCACGGGGAGAACCGCAUUGGAGGCAUUCGGCUGCGCCACCAACACUGGAGCCUGGUGAUGGAGAGCGUGGUGCCCUCGGACCGUGGCACGUACACUUGCCUCGUGGAGAACUCUCUGGGUAGCAUUCGCUUCAGCUAUCUGCUGGAUGUGCUGGAGCGGUCCCCGCACCGGCCCAUCCUGCAGGCCGGGCUCCCAGCCAACACCACAGCUGUGGUCGGCAGCGACGUGGAGCUCCUGUGCAAGGUGUACAGCGACGCGCAGCCGCACAUCCAGUGGCUCAAGCACAUCGUCGUCAACGGCAGCAGCCUCGGCGCCGACGGCUUCCCCUACGUGCAAGUCCUGAAGACCACAGACAUCAACAGCUCCGAGGUAGAAGUCCUGUACCUGAGGAACGUGUCGGCUGAGGACGCGGGAGAGUACACCUGCCUGGCGGGCAACUCCAUCGGCCUGUCCUACCAGUCGGCUUGGCUGACUGUGCUGCCGGAGGAAGCCCUCCAGUGGACAGCAGCUUCUGAGGCCAGAUCCACAGACAUCAUCCUGUAUGUGUCUGGCUCGCUGGCUUUGGCUGUGCUCCUGCUGCUGGCCGGUGUGUAUCACCGACAAGCCAUGCAUGGCCACCACUCUCGCCAGCCUGUCACCAUACAAAAGUUGUCCCGCUUCCCUCUGGCCCGACAGUUCUCUCUGGAGUCGGGGUCCUCUGGCAAGUCAAGCUUGUCCCUGGUGCGAGGCGUCCGGCUGUCCUCCAGCGGCCCGCCCUUGCUCACGGGCCUUGUGAGCCUCGACCUGCCCCUCGACCCACUCUGGGAGUUCCCCCGGGACAGGCUGGUGCUCGGAAAGCCCCUGGGUGAGGGCUGCUUUGGGCAAGUGGUUCGAGCAGAGGCCUUCGGCAUGGACCCCUCCCAGCCUGACCAAACCAGCACUGUGGCUGUGAAGAUGCUCAAAGACAAUGCCUCCGACAAGGACCUGGCAGACCUGGUCUCUGAGAUGGAGGUGAUGAAGCUCAUUGGCAGACACAAGAACAUCAUCAACCUGCUGGGCGUCUGCACUCAGGAAGGGCCCCUGUAUGUGAUCGUGGAAUGUGCUGCCAAGGGAAACCUCCGGGAAUUCCUCCGCGCCCGGCGCCCACCAGGCCCUGAUCUCAGCCCUGAUGGGCCUCGGAGCAGUGAUGGACCACUGUCCUUCCCGGCCCUGGUCUCCUGUGCCUACCAGGUGGCCCGAGGCAUGCAGUAUCUGGAGUCUCGGAAGUGCAUCCACAGGGACCUGGCUGCCCGAAACGUGCUGGUGACGGAGGACCACGUGAUGAAGAUCGCUGACUUCGGGCUGGCCCGAGGCGUCCACCACAUUGACUACUAUAAGAAAACCAGCAAUGGCCGUCUGCCAGUCAAGUGGAUGGCUCCUGAGGCCUUAUUUGACCGAGUGUACACACACCAGAGUGACGUGUGGUCCUUUGGGAUCCUGCUAUGGGAGAUCUUCACCCUCGGUGGCUCCCCGUACCCCGGCAUCCCGGUGGAGGAGCUCUUCUCGCUGCUGCGAGAGGGCCACAGGAUGGACCGGCCCCCGAACUGCCCCCCAGAGCUGUACGGGCUCAUGAGGGAGUGUUGGCAUGCAGCGCCCUCACAGAGGCCUACUUUUAAGCAGCUGGUGGAAGCCCUGGACAAGGUCCUGCUGGCUGUCUCUGAAGAGUACCUUGACCUCCGCCUGACCUUUGGACCCUAUUCUCCCUCCAGUGGGGACACCAGCAGCACCUGCUCCUCCAGCGACUCUGUCUUCAGCCAUGACCCCUUGCCCCUGGGGACAAGCCCCUUCCCUUUUCCUGGCGUGCAGGCAUGAGCCGGGGCACAUAGUGUGCAGGCUGGGGGACAGUGGCCGUGGGCCUCCAGCUUGGUUGGAUGCAGCAUUUAAUGCUAGCAGUACCGGGCCUCUGACUAAGGCUACUCCUGUCCCAGAUGCUCUCUUUGGGGAGGUGCACUCUUGGUCCUAGGGUUCAUAGUUCAGGCCUUCUGCUCUAGCAUCAUGCUCCCAACCCAGAGUUCAGCUCUAGUCUCAGAGCCCUGACCUUGCCCUGGGACUUGUCUUCAGAGAAGCUAAGCACUAGGCUCCAUGUUCUGGGCCUUGGCACUCAGCCUCCAUGUCAGGGGUUUGCCAGGCCUGGCUGCAAAGCUUUUGUCAUAAACCUUUCUCCUUCCACAAAUGCCCCAGAGGUGAGAGUCCUCUGGCCCUCACUGCUCCCAGCCUGCAAGCCUCACCCCCUAUUGUCUGUACCAGCAUCUCGGUGGAGCCAGCAUCAGCCUGGUGUCCCCGAGAGACUAGAAGCCUAUGGAAAACACAGAACAGCAUGGCAUUUCAUAAAUUAUUUUUUGAAAUAAA